UUGGUAUAUGAUUAAAUGAUGAAUUGAUGAUGAAAAUUAAAAGAAAUGGAAAAUUAGUUGGCAGGCCAUCCCGUGCAAUUGUAGGGGUGGGCCCAAAUAAACUAACGGUUGGUGACUAGUAAUAUCGGGCAAUCGGUGACAAUCAUUCAACGCGACAUUCUCUCUAAUCUGCUUCUCAGUUCUUUCUCUCUCCUCCACUUCACAAUCACAUGAUAAGUUCCGUUUUGGACUCUUAUUUACGCAAGAUUCUCCUCAACCUUCUUCUGCAUUCUUUUAUUUAUUCCUUUUCAUUUUUAUUCGAGAAAAACAAUACUGGCGAUAAUGGCUCCGGGGACGGCUGAUUCAGCGGCGGAGAUUCUCUCCAGCCUCAAUCUCAAUGCCGCCGAUUGGCCUCCUAAUCUUGUCAAGAAUCUCCACCUGCUUUCUCCGGAUCAGAUUGAAUUGGCAAAUAUGUUGUUGGAGAUGGGGCAGAGCCAUAUUUUUCAGCAUUGGGCAGAGCCUGGCGUCGAGGACGACCAAAAGAAAGCGUUUUUCGCUCAGGUGGCUAAGCUAAAUUCAAGCUAUCCUGGGGGUUUGGCCUCGUAUAUUAAAACUGCUAGGAAGCUCUUAGCGGACUCUAAAGCAGGGAAGAACCCAUAUGAUGGCUUCACACCUUCGGUUCCAAAGGGAGAAAUUCUCUCUUUUGGCGAUGAUAAUUUCAUCAAAUUUGAGGAGGCAGGAGUCAAAGAAGCCCAAUACGCUGCAUUUGUUCUUGUUGCAGGUGGGCUUGGUGAACGUCUUGGAUACAAUGGAAUUAAGGUGGCACUUCCAGCAGAGACCACGACUGGAACAUGUUUCUUACAACUCUACAUUGAGUCUGUUCUGGCUCUUCAGGAAGCUAGCUGUAGGCUUACACAAGGCACAUGUCAAAAGGAUAUUCCUUUUGUUAUCAUGACAUCGGAUGACACACAUAUCCGUACAUUGGACCUUUUGGAAUCAAAUUCUUAUUUCGGGAUGAAACCUACACAAGUUAAACUGCUUAAGCAGGAAAAAGUUGCAUGCUUAGAUGAUAAUGAUGCUAGGCUUGCUUUGGACCCUCAUAACAAAUACAAAAUUCAGACAAAACCUCAUGGCCAUGGUGAUGUGCAUUCACUUCUUCAUUCUAGUGGCCUUCUAAACGUAUGGCAUGAUGCUGGUUUCAGAUGGGUUCUCUUUUUCCAAGACACAAAUGGACUUCUGUUCAAGGCUAUUCCAGCAUCACUGGGAGUCAGUGCUACUAAACAAUACCAUGUCAACUCUCUUGCUGUUCAACGAAAAGCGAAAGAAGCCAUUGGAGGAAUUACCAGACUCACUCAUAGUGAUGGGAGAUCGAUGGUGAUCAAUGUGGAAUACAAUCAGCUUGAUCCUCUGCUUAGAGCCACUGGACAUCCUGAUGGAGAUGUUAAUUGUGAGACUGGUUAUUCUCCUUUCCCAGGAAAUAUAAACCAACUUAUUUUGGAGCUUGGUCCAUACAUUGUGGAGCUGAGAAAAACAGGAGGUGCCAUAAAGGAAUUUGUUAACCCCAAGUAUAAAGAUUCUAGCAAAACAUCAUUUAAGUCCUCAACUCGACUAGAGUGUAUGAUGCAAGACUAUCCGAAAACAUUGCCUCCGACAGCAAGAGUUGGAUAUACGGUGAUGGAUACCUGGCUUGCUUAUGCACCUGUGAAAAACAACCCUGAGGAUGCUGCUAAGGUACCAAAAGGGAAUAUAAACAGUGCAACUUUGGAGAAUGUGCCAUAAUGUGCAAACAGUCUCAUCCUUAAAAAGGCUGGUGUCCAAGUGGAGGAUCCAGUACAACAGGUUUUCAAUGGACAAGAGGUGGAAGUGUGGCCGCAUGUUACAUGGAAGCCUAAAUGGGGGCUAACUUUUUCUGAGAUAAAAAGCAAAGUUAGUGGAAGUUGCUCCAUCUCUCAAAGGUCUACCAUGGCCCUUAAGGGCCGCGAUAUCUUUCUUGAAGAUCUAUCCUUGAAUGGAGCUCUUAUCAUCAACUCUGUUGAUGGUGCAGAGGUAAAAAUCGGUGGAUCGGUACAGAACAAGGGCUGGCUUCUUGAGAGCAUUGACUACAAAAAUACAGAUAUACCGGAGGAACUGAGGAUCAGGGGUUUUAAAAUCAACAAAAUAGAGGAAUUAGAGGAAACUUACAGUGAACCUGGCAAGUUCACCUUAAAGCCAUGAAGUUGAACCUACAAAGAGAGACAGCAAUUCUUUUCUUCUUUUUUGAAAGCUUUAUCUGGAAAUUAUUAGUUAGCUCAUAGCAGGAAUAAAUCUCUUUCCUUGAGUAACUUUUUUGGUGGAAUUUUGUAUGAUUUAUUACCCUCACCACCACCCAAACCUUCCCUCUUUCUCAUCAAAACUCUUCAAACUUUUUUAUUCUCUCUUACUUUUGGGAUGGAAAUAAAAAAUUCUGGAUAUUUCAAUAAGAUGCUUAUUUCUUGACUGUAUUGGCCUUUCAAUAUCCAUUGACAGAAAAGAGUGGUCCGUGGUCUUCUGUGUGAAU